AUGGACGACGCUUCGAGAUGCCGGCAGAUCUCCUACGAAGCCAGCAACUUAGGCGGGUCAACGACAACCACGAUCACUCUCAACCAGUUGCCAUUCGAGAUCAUCGUACAUAUCAUUCGUCUUUGCGCUGCUACCAGCGACGACGUUUUCCUCAACCCGGCUUUUGAUUGGGGAUUUGCCCCUCCUUGGCGCAAAGUCACUCGCACUGGAGGCUCGUUGUCCCGCGUAUCCAAAGGAUGGCGUAGCCUUGUUUUACCCAUCCUCUACUCCAACAUCGUACUCGACUCGUUCACACAAUUAGGAUCCUUGUUGACCACCUUCAACUCUCAACCAUCGUUCUGCGGUCUUGUUAGGCGACUAGACCUCUACCUGUACAUUCCGGUGUUUACCGCACAUAUAACGCGCCAGCACCUCACCAAAGUCGUCGCCCUCUGCAGCUCUCUCCGAAGUAUGAGUUGUUGGUUUUCUGGAGAUGGAAAGUUAAUCAGAAACCUUCAUGAAUGGGAGGCCUGGCUGGAAACUGCCACUCCUCGUCUAUCCGACCUUCGUAUCAACGUCAUACACAGGGACUUCUUCCGAACAUCUAUACGUUUCAUCUGUCGAGUCAUUCAUCCCACUUCCAUGCAUAACCUCGUCUCCCUUACUCUGCCAUUCCUUUCGAUUAUCUCGCCCGCCCAAGAGCCUCUCAUCUGUCCAUCGUUAGUCAAAUUUCAAGCUAUGGUUGGACCCCGAGCCCAAGCUUCUUUCGUCGAUUUUUGCCGUCGGUCGUCAUUUCCUGGAUUGCGAUCCUUGGUGGUGUGUCUAGUGUCAUCAUGGGGCGGGACGAAAUUCGACUUCGACGAUUACUUUGUGAUGAUGGACAAGGUUCUACAGUCCCUGGGACCACAGCUUUCGUAUCUCCAUCUUCUACAGUACGACGGCAAAGUUCGCCUCGAUGACGAUCUGUUCGACCGUGAAUGGGGCUGGGCCGACCAGGAUACUAAAGGUUACCAAGGACUCCUCGAUCUCUGUCCCAAUCUCGAACACUUUGUCGCCCCUAUCGCUGCUACCGACGACCACGAAGCGUUCAUUAAUAUCAAAAGCCAUAAAUCUUUGCGAUGGAUCGACGCCUGGGUCCCUUCCUUCGACAUCGACACCAUACCCUCAUCCAUGCCCGGUCUCAUUCCAGACGAUCUCAGAAUGCGCUCAUUCCCGUCGCUUCAAGGAUGCAGACGCCUCGACAUUUCGCUCUUACUAUUCCCUGAUUUACCUCUCAUAUUUCCUCCCCACGAAUCUUUGGCUCAGUGUACGUCGACGGUCGCGGACGUUCCGAGAUACUGGACGAUCGCUGAUUCCGUCAGAGUCGUGGAAUGGCGACAGCACCUCGCUCCUCCGGUCGGGCGCGUCGCGAGUCGAUACCUCGACGGCGGGGAUUCUUUCGUCGAACCGGCAGAUGACUGUAGCGAAGACAGCGAAUGGGAGACGUGCGGCCUAAGCGACAGCGACUGCAGCGCGUUUUCAUAUCGUCCCUCUCGAGAAAGCGGGUCAGAGUAUGGUUCUUCCGAAUGGUGGUCCGACGGAGGAGACAUGGAAGAAGAGAUGGCUCCGUAUCCUCCAUAUAACGCCUCUUUCUUUGAUGUUUUAUAG